GACAAACCGGGACAAACCCUCCAGUGUUCAACAGGCUAAUGUUUUUCUGCCGACUCUGAGUCUGAGGGUACCCAUGCAGCGGAUCCCACUUCUGUUUACCAGCUUCGCUCCAACCCUCCGUGGACUAGCUCCCGUCAGACCCAGCCGGUCGUCCUCCAUCAGUACCCCGGGUUCGGCAGCUUUCCGCCCCGCUGCGGAGCAAAGAAGCCUUCGGUCGUCGGGACGAAGUUUGUUGCUGCUGCGGUCUGUGGAUUAACGCAGGACUCCAAAUCGCUGCCGGUCAUUUAAACAUGUCCAUUAAAAUCUGAAACGGAUUACACACACACACACACACGCCUGCAUGUCGCUUUCGUGUUCACAUUUUCGUCUGUUUCUGUGAAAUCGGGGACAUUUUCAACUCGUCUGGAGAAACAGAAGCGGACACUUGAAGUCCAGUGUAUCUUCCGAAAAGACUGCCGCUGUCGUGUUUGGCGACGUUUAACUAACAAGGCGAAUACAUUUCUCAUUCUAUAUCUGUAGAUUUGUGGUCUAACCCUUCUUCUAAUGCGCGUUUGACAGACAUUUGCCGAAGUAAAGUGUCCGUAAGUGUGGAUACAGUAUCGGCAGCUCGGCUAACUCUGCUAUCCUGCUAGCUGUGGCAGCUAACAGUAUGUCCUGAUUCAAACAAGUGGUCAAUAUGAACUUCCAUUGUGCCAUUAAGUGUGUUCAGCCAGUAACACAUCACUGUUAGGUGUAUGUAACCGUGUUACUUUACUACCAUUGUUCAAAGAAGAAUGUUUUAACUCUGCUGACCCCCGUAAGAAGUUUGAAGCUUUGACGUUAGCUUAGCAUCGUUAGCUCCGAUUGCAAUAACAUUUCAGGGACUCAACUGACAUAACUUUGACCAAGUCGGACCGCCAUGUGCGAGAUGUUUUUACGUUAUAAUGUGGGCCUUCUGACAGACUCUGAAAAGUAACCUCCCAGCUCUGUCUUGAACUUUUUCACGCCCCGUAGUUGAAGUUGAAACUGCGGCCCGUAUGAUGUCGGGCUCCCCGGGGGCAGGUGGCUCCAACCCCAGGAAGUUCAGCGAGAAGAUAGCGCUGCACAACCAGAAGCAGGCAGAGGAGACCCGGGCCUUCGAACAGCUGAUGACAGACCUCACCGUGUCAAGGGUCCAGUUUCAGAAGAUCCAGCAGCUUCGUUUGUCUCAGUCCAGGGCUCAGUACUACGGAGGAUCUCUGCCCAAUGUCAAUCAGAUUGGAAACACCAGUGCUGACCUCCAGGGUGGGUUUCCCUCAGGACUGGACUCCAUCAGAGGAACACGUCACCAUGGACUGGUUGAGAGGGUCCACCGAGACCGGAACCGCAUCAACUCACCCCAUCGUCGACCCAUUGACAAACAUGGCCGGCAGAUGGAGAGCUCUCCGUAUGGAGCAGUGUACCUGUCUCCGCCUCCGGACAACAGCUGGAGAAGGGAACAGCAGCCAUGGACUGAGGAAAAACGGCCUGGGUUUAGAUUAAUAUCACAACUCAACAGGACCAACUCAGACUCUGCUCUUCAUACAAGUGUGACGAACCCAAACCCUCAGGACCCGUUUGGUAUGAACCAGCACAUGGGCCGCGGUCCAUCACAUCGCAGUGGAUUUUAUGCAGCCAGUGUAAAUGAAGCAGAGGGGGAUGGAUCUGGAGAUGUGUUCUCUUUUCCCAGUCUGCCCAAUGAAGAAAAUCUGAUUGGCCUCAGUAAACCUCUGCCCAAACAGCUGUGGGAGGCCAAGAAGGUUCAGUCUCUGGCAUCACGGCCCAAAUCUUGUGAAGUGCCUGGAAUCAACAUUCUCCCAUCUCCAGAGCAGGACCCCACUCUGUCCCACUUCCAGGGCUCACUAAACACCGGUGGAUCUCUUCCUGACCUCAGUAACCUACAGUUCCCCUCCCCACUGUCCACCCCUCUGGAUCCUGAGGAUAACGGAGGAUACCACAACCUGAGUGGAGGAAGCAGCACCGGAAACCUGCCCGCUGCCAUGAUGCACCUGGGCAUCAGCACCUCCCAGGGUUUGUCAUCAUCUCUGAGUAACCCUUCCAUUCAGGCAUCUCUGAAUAACUGUCAACUGCAGUCGUCCCUCAGUAACCCCUCCAUCACCUCGUCUCUACGAAUGUCUGGAAACUCCCCUCGACGGCGUCCAGCUCCCAUCAGCCCCCUCACUCUUUCGCCAGGAGCCGAACAGCGCAGGGGUCUAGCCAAGCAGCUGUCACCCACAAUGUCCCCCUCACUGUCCCCCAUCACACAGGGAGUCGCUCUGGACACCAGUACCCUUCCCAGGGAGCCACCUCCCCCCUACCCACUGUACCACCAGUCCCAGCAUGCACCAGAGCAGAGCAGACAGCGGCAGCAGCAGCAGCCAGGCGCUCCGCUGCACAACAUCCCACUGGAUUUCAACACCAACCAACACAACAACAUGGCGGGUCUCUUCAGUUCAGAUCCCUUCAUGGAACCACAGUUCUCCAGUCAUCAGGCCAAAACCCAGAGCCCGUAUCAGUUGGACCAGUUCAGUCUGUUGGACAACACAAUGAGCUCCACAGGAGGCCAGUGCUUCGAGCCAUCCCCCUCCCCCGCAUCCUCCUCUCUAUAUUACUCGCAGGCGGCUCUUUCUGGACUGGGAGGAAGUCACGGCAGUCUGCAGGACCCCAUGAGCUCCAACAUGAGCUCCAACAUGAGCUCCAACAUGCUGUACUCCAACUGCAGCAGAGGCCUGCCCAACAUCAUUCUCACCGACGAGUCGUCUCUGUCUCUGUCCAAAGACCUGAGUAGCGCUCUGUCCACUGUCCCUGAGUGCUUCGACUCCGAGACUGGAUUCCCCCUAGAGGAUGAGCUGCGGAUCGAACCGCUCAGCCUGGAUGGACUGAGCAUGCUCAGUGACCCCGACAUGGUGCUGCCUGACCCGUCAGUGGAGGACACAUUCCGCAGUGACCGCCUCUGAGUGUCCUCAGCAGGACGUGUCCCAGUGUACAGAGCUGAAUAUUCACCCACACCCACUGCCACUAAUCAGAUUUAAUGUGAACAACACUGCCAUUUACCAGCACGUACAUUCAUGCACUGUUUACACCUUCACAGGUGUGAAGGAGCAGCACAACAAGGGCUGGGCGAUAACGCACUGACAGCACCUCAUCAGAGAGUUUUUACAAUGAAUGACAAAUCAUUUUUGGUGAGAGUAGAAGACAGAAGACGGUUAUUUUUGGUUUGAAAUUAUUUGUAGAAGAGGAAAUGAUUUGACAACAAAACGAGAUAAAUAUGAUGUAAAAAGAUGCAACAAGACAAUGAAAAAGAUGAAAGUGAUGAAAAAACAAGAUGUCUUGACAAAUCAAUGAAAACUAUGCCAAGAAUAUAACACACAGAUGUUGAAACAGAAAAUGGAACAAGAUGUAAAUAUCAGAAAGAAAAGCUACGAGACAAAAACAAAACAAGAUGAAACUAAAGCAGGAGACAUAAGACAAACCAGAAACAUCCCCCUGUAUUUUCAUGCUUCUUUUGCUCAUUGUAUUUAUUAUGAUUUAAUGUUGGAAAAAACCCAUUUAAAAUGAGGUUGAUCUGAUUCUUCAACAAGAUGAAAACACUGAAGUGUUUAACCCGCAGUGUAAAUUAACCCAUAAAGACAAACGAGACAUGUAUAUAACGAUAAUGAUUAUAGUCAUGAUAUUUAUGGGGAUAUAAAAGUACGUAUUGCGAUAAAUCCUGUUCCAUCGCCCAGCUCUGUGUUCACCUGUCAAAGUUACAGAUUUCAUUUUGGACAGAGCCUUUGGACUCUGCUGCUCCUUUACCAUUGUCCUGCUUCUUGCAGCCUCCAAGGCAGUAGCAACCCCGUCACCAUGGUUUCCCACCAUAGCAACCUGGUCACCAGGCAACCGCACUUAGGAGCAGCAACAGCACAUGAUGUGCUGUCACAGCGAACAGGGUUGGAGUUGUGUUGUUGUUGUGGAUACUUGAGGAUUCAGAAGAGCCAUGGGAAAGAAGACAAACAUCUAAUAGUAGUAUCAGAAUAUUUUUUAUAAGUUUUAUGUAUGUGUGUAUGUAUAUAUAAACAUAUAUAUAUAUAUAUAUAUAUAUAUAUAUAUAUAUAUACAUAUACACAGAGUAUAUACAACACAAUGUGAUCUGAUUCAAAUGUAUUUUAGAGACAAAAAGGGCAAACUGUUUACAAAGAGAAGAUUUUAAGAAGAACAUAUUAGAUUGUUGAAUUUCUAAUGGAAAUAUAAGAUGUUUUAGUUAAAUCGAAGUGACGGACCCCUUCUUCCUUCUGUUCCUCCUCCGCCUCCUCGCUAACACAUGAGUCAGCUGUGAUUUCCUCUCAACUGUUCGUGUUUUUAUUUUGUACUCUGUUUUUUCUUCUACAUUUUAUACUGAUGGCGCUCGUAAUGAGUCCAUUUGAAAUGUGUUGUGUAUAGAAGGGCAUGCGCUGUGCUCCUGUGGAUGAAUGAACCCACCGAUGCGCUUCUGUCCACUUCCAUCCCUCCCUUCUGUUCAUGUUUCUUUGUUUCCCCUCAGAGAGCAGACCCCACCAUGUGGACAUCAUCCACUGCUGCACUUCGCACUAAAUGCAUCUCUUUUUGAUCACUGAUAUAUUUUUGAAAUCUAAUAACAGAGGACGUAUUUUUGUACUAAAUAACCCAAAGACAUUUAAAGAAGCCAUUUGUGACUAAAUAGUGGAGGAUUUCCAACCUGCUGUGGAGUCAUGGCUUCAUUUGGGUCGUUCCUGUUCUUCACUGACUUUUCCUGUAUUUUCUCAAAACUAGAACAUCACUUAAAUAUGUUUUUGUAGUCGUUAAAAUACUAUUUGGUAUUGUACAGCUUUUUAAUAAUAUAUUCUUUAAUGUUGUUGGAGAUGAAGCUAACCCAAAAGAUGCAAGAAGAUAAAACUCUUAAGUAAAACACUAGGCAAGAUAAAAAUUCCAUAAAAUGAAAAUGUGUAAAAUAUUGCAACUAAAUGAAAAUGAUGUAAAAGAGCACAAUGAAAGAAACACAAAAUAUAUAAAAGAUGAAAAGGAUGUAAUGUAAAGCCCUGACAUAUAAGCUGUAACAGAGUAAAAAUGAUAUGAAAAUACAGAUGUAUUAUAACGCAAUGAAAACCAAAAUGAACAACGUGCAAUCUGAAUUCUUUAUGAGCUUUAUUUUUUAUUUCAUACCUUUGUUCUUUUGAAACAUGAUAUAUUUGUAAAGAUAACGUUUAUAUGCAGGACAUUCAGCCUCUAACUGUUCUGAUUAUUUAGAGGCACAUACGUAUUGAACAUAAUUUGAGUUCCUCUGGAUUUAUUCAUCAACGUUGAACACAUCUGUUCUGGAACAAUGAUAAAAACAUUAACAAACAACAGGAACGACCCAUGACUACAGCAGCUGGUUUUUCCAGUGGGGGUGGUGAGCGCCCCCUGGUGUGCAUUUGAUCAGCUAUGCAACCUGCAGCCUGUUGAAGGGGAGGAGAGUCAGGUUUCAGGCUCAAUUAUGGAUCAAAUGUCCUUUUUUUGUUGUGGAUUUGAUAAAUUGGAUGUGUCGGAUGUUCACAGGUGAGUCUGCUCCAGGGGAUCCAGGUAACGAGUCUGAAGGGGCCCAACCUGCACUGAGCCUCCCAAAACACAAGGAUGUGGAAUGUCUGAGCUCCUGGAACGACACAUUAGGUCAAAACUCAUCAAAACAUAAGACUUUUUCACUUCAUUGUGUAACAAUACCAGCAUUUUCUAAUAAACAGCAACAUUAUUAUGUAUUAGAGUGGUUACAUCUGACCUUUUCUCAGCUCAUUCAGCUUGACUUAAAGCUGCACAAUUUGAUGAAAAAGUCCCUUUGUGACGACUGAUUUGAGCCUGGUUGGUGUUCAAGAAAAAUGCACGUUUACUGAUAAUUUUGAGAAUGUGUUUUUUUACAUGAACAUUACAGAAUUUUUUGAAAAUCAGGAUUUACAAAAAUACAGAAUCUCCAAACAGUUUUUAAAGGUAGUGUUUUGUGCAUGAUUCCCAUUCCAUCUGUUUAGUGUCAGAAAUGGAAAUGAGCUGUUUAAACUGCAGCCUUUUACAGACUGACCCUGGCAUCGGAUUAUUUGUGCUGCUCUUGUCUGCGGAGUUGUACUCACUUCAUCUAAAGUUUGAAAUAAUUCCUGUUCCACUGUGAUAAACUAUUGAAAAGGCAGCAUUUGUCCUAAAUGUGAUUUCAAGACAUUAGGGAUUUACUGUGUAAAUCCCAGUUAAAACUAUAACAAGACAUGAUGAAUUACAGAACUAUCCUGCAUUCAAAUGAAUGUCAAAAACCCCAUUUAUGCAAUAAUAUGGAUGAAAGCCAUUAAUGUUGAGUACAACUCAAAAUCUAACUGGGAUGAGAAAUAUUUCAAAAGUUCCAAUUUCCCAUACUUUGAGUUGAUGGUGAUCAGGUUUUCAGCUUUUCCAGGUAUAAUGUGAAAAUCAGAAUCACACUGGAAAACAGGAAAAAUGUCAGAGUUCAAGUUCAGUAAAAUGAAAAGAACAGUUUGAACGUUUUGUUUAAAAUCCCAUUAGGAACAAAUUCUUAUUGAGGACAGAUAAGGUUUCAUAUUGUCAACGUCAUGUUUAAGUAAACGUGUUUGGUUUGUUACAUAAUGGAUCCUAUUAUUACAUUUAGUACAUUUUCCAUCAUUUUGUAAAAAUCCAUCAAAUGCAGGUCAAGUUCUUCCCUUUAAUAGUUGUUUGAUUGUUGGAGAAUGUCUGUGUUAUGUGAUGAAGUGAGCGUUUCUCUCCUGUUGAGUUUUCAUGUUUAUUCCAGGUAAAUCUUGUGUUGCUGAUCGUUCCACUGCCUUACUCUAAUGGACUUCAUUUCCCAGCAUCCCUGUGUGGUCCCUUCAGCUCUCUUGUGGUUGUUUAUUUUGUUUUGUUUUUUCUUUUCAGUGUCUUACCUUUUUUUUUUUAGAUGCAAUUUAAACUGUACAGUUCUGUUAUUUAAACUUUUAGUUUUACAAUGAGGUUUUCUUUUUUCUUUUUUUUUUUUUUAAGUCAUUGGAGUUUUGUUUUUUUUUUCCCCUAAGGUCUAAUAUUUUCUCGGUUUGUAACACACAUGUUCUAGUGCUUACGUACUUUUUGAAUUAAUAUAAACAAUAAAACUAUACUAUGUA